AUGCACUGGAGUUUUUUGGAGUUUUUCUUGGAAUAUUUGCACGCAGAGUACGAAAAGAGUGGUCUACGUUUGCCUGCCUCGUGUGAAAAGCAGACAAAGCGGGCUCCUGUGAUCGAGAAGAAUGAAGCUAGUGUGGACGCGGACGCUAAGAUUGCUCAAGCGUUCGAUGACGGCUGGGCAGAGGUUGGUAAGAAAGGCAAGAGCAGCGUGUUACGUCAGAAUCCCGUUGACACUGUCCGCUUGUCGAUAAAUUGGAUGUUUAAGGGGGCACUACGCUCUGAGCUGAAGCAGAUCGGCAAGAGACAAAGUUUGAUUACUGCGGAACCGUUUCACUGCUUGCACUUGAACCUCGAUUACGAAACACAAGACCCAUCGCUUGUUAGAGGCGAGAAUGGCACGGUUAAUUCAAUCGACGCGUCAACUACUGUUGAGGAGAUGAUCCGCAAUUCAUUCGACGUCGAGGUGAUCGAAGACGCCAACCAGGUCCCUACGGUGAAGAAGUACACGGCAGUGGAAUCCCUUCCCGUCGGGCUGACGCUGAGCGUGAAGCGUUUUACAUACCAUCCGGAACAGGGACCGGUCAAGUUACAGCAGUUUGUAAUGUAUCCGCAUUUUCUGGAGUUCUCAGCACAGCUACUGUCAGCUGCCUGUCGUGCGGAGAAUGGAUUGGAUUCGUCAGGUGCUGCGCUCGUCAAUGAUUCUGGCCCGUUGACUCCUCUUCCUCUACGAGUUGUUUGCAGUCGUGUCGCACCUGGGCAAAGUACGUGGUGGGAGGUCACUGCACUUGCGUUUGCCGCGACAACAAAGACCAGUGAUUUCGUUACGAUGAUGAGCAUGUAA